UAUUAUUAAAAAAAGAAGAUCAAUCGUACCGAUGCAAGCGCGCAUGCACCGGCCGGCGGCGCCCGCGCAGCUUCCCAGAAAGCGUUUUCCUCGUCACAGCGGCGAUGACGAACCGCUACGUCACGCUGAUGACGCGGGCCGCGGAUAAAAAGAGUGGCGGUGGCGAGCCGCGGAGCCUAGUGCUGGCCCGCCGACUGUAUGGUGCAGAGCUCACCCUGGCGCCCCAACAUGCUUAUAUGGAGGCCGAGCCCCCGACGUCCUCGGCCCAGCCGGACUCCGCCACCGACGGCAGUGACGACUCCGGCGACGAGUGCGUCCCAACCGAUCCUGAAGUGUGGAAUUGGAAGGACAUCCGACGAUGGUUGCGGUUUACCUCCGACAAGUUCGGUGUACGAGCGUCUCGCCGCCAUCUGCUCCCGCGAACCGGCGCCCUGCUGCUCCAGCUUACAGAGGCCAACUGGCUUGAGAUAUGCGAGUUUGAUGAGAAGGCGGCGCGCACUUUCUACACGUUCCUCGCACAUGAGAACGCACGAGCUCACGGGCAGCCGCCGCCACCCCAGCUCCAGGAGCAUCAGAGUACAUCUACGAGCCAACCAGCCGCUGAUGACUGUCAGCCAUAUGUUGCGCUGAGCUCGUGCACGCGCACCACCGGAGGACAGGUGCAGCUGUGGCAGUUUCUGCUGGAAGAACUGGCGAACGGCUCGCCUGGCAUCUGCUGGGAGUGCCAGAACGAGGGUGAGUUCCGGCUCUCAGAUCCGGACGAGGUGGCGCGCCGCUGGGGCCGCCGCAAGCAGAAACCAAAUAUGAACUAUGACAAGCUGUCGCGUGCACUACGGUAUUACUACGACAAGAAUAUUAUGAGCAAGGUUCACGGCAAACGCUACGCUUACCGGUUCAACUGGCGGGGGCUGACCGCCGCGUGCCAGGCGCAGGCUAGCGACGCGCCUCCUUACUGGUAUUACCUUCCUCAGUCGCAGCAGCAUGCAUCGCAGCCACCAGGACAACGGGACUUGCAGCGACAGGACCCACCUGCGCCGUCAUUAGAACAGUAAUAUAAUAAUAUUUGCUUUUGCCUGCAACUUCGUAUGCAUGGAUUUUGGAAGUAUGAAAACAAAUUAAAUAGAUCACUUCUAAAUAGGUAUAUCAAGAUAAAAUAUACGAAGGCUCAAAAGUACCCGACCUGAUAAAGAAAACAGUAAAAAAAUUGCGAAUUUUUUUUUUUCAACAUAUCUUCUUUCAACUCGAUAUACUUUUCCCAACGAUGUUCAAUAGCUUGUCGAACUGGCCUAAUUUACAUGGCGCAAUGCUAAAUCGGACAAUUUUUCUUAUCAAUUUAUCAAUAAUUCUUUUAAAAAUAAAAUGUAUAUUGUAAUGUUUUGGAAUCAUUCCUAAAAAUAACGCAACUUUGAUAAGUAUACUUCAUUCGAUCUAUACAUCUUAUCUAUUACUUGUAUUGUGACAUUGAGUGAUAGAUAGUUAAAUUUGGGGACAGAUAUAUGCGUUCUUGAUUCCAAUAAUAUAAUUUUUAAGUGGAAUUCAAAUUUAAGUUUAUCUAAUU